AUGUCUUCGACUAUCACCCCCUUCGACCCGACCUCGCAGAACAUCACCGUCCUCUUGGCUGAUGGCGUCAACUCCGUCAAUAUUACGAUUGCCGCACUGGAUCAAUUCUUCAUCUACAAUUGCCGGCUUUGUAUCAACUAUGCCGCCCAGCUCGGUGCGUGCUUGAUCAUGCUGAUCAUCACAGCCGUUCUCACCAAGGAAUCGAAGCGUACCAAACCUGUCUUCGUCCUGAACGUCCUUUCCCUAGUCUUCGGCUUCUUUCGUGCACUCUUUCUCGCUCUUUACUGCGUCAGCCCUUGGGUCGAGCUUUGGGCCUAUUCGACCUCUGAUUACAGUCGAGUUCCGAAAUCUGCAUAUGGCACUAGCAUCCUAGGCACGGUUUUGCCUCUCUUCCUGACUGCCACGGUCGAUGCCUCUUUAGUCCUCCAGGCCCAUACUGUCAGCAAGGUCAUGAAGAGAAAGCAUUACUACGCAGUCACCGCGGUCUCUUGCUUGGUCUAUUUAUUCGCCGUUAGCUUCCGCUUCGCUGAGGCUGUAACCAACUCCAGAGCUAUCAUGUCUGAUGGCUCUUACUUUGCCGAAGCUUGGAUCACAACCGCGACUUUAGCAACCGAGACAAUUGCCAUCUGGUACUUCUCAGUUAUCUUCACCGGCAAGCUCGUAUGGACUAUCAAGAUGCGCAAGAAUAUGGGUUUCCAAAAGUGGAGCUACAUGCAGAUUCUUGCUGCUAUGGGUGGUUGCACAAUGAUCAUUCCUUCUCUCUUUACUAUCCUCGAAUGGGUCACUCCAUCAGAUUUUCCCGAGGCUGGUACGUUGGCUAUGACAAUGGUUGCACUCCUCCUCCCUCUGUCCUCCCUCUGGGCAUCGAUGUCCACAACCGAUCGCUCCGCUUCUUUCAAUCUAUCAACGCUCUGGGCUUCUAGACAGUCUCAAGAAGAUAUGGAGAAGAAUUUCGGCAGCCAGUACACGGGCCCUUCGCAUACCCAAUACUCAACCGAUAGAAAGGAGAGCACUGCUCCGAUCAGCCCAAGCGCAAACAUUGCUGUUGUCGAACACACCCCUGUCAAGUCCUCACGAGACAGCACCGAAAUCGAUUUGGAGCUGAUGGGUGUUCGGGUUGAUCGAUCUUACGAUGUCCACAGUGAUAGGAUCUCGGGCUACUGACUUGGUGG